ACAGGCCCUGCAGGGCACGACAGCGGUGCGCGGGGGCGCAGUGCCAGCGGCUCGAGCAGAGCCAGCCAAAAUACAAAAGACACUGAGAAACAGGCGCACGCGCCCCCCAUACGACCCGCGGCGGGCGGCCCCGGGGCCCAAACACUUCGAAACCCACAGCGGCCAGGGUGCCAGGGCGCCAGAGCUCGCUCACGGGGCCGUAUCCUCCUCCACCACCAGCCCAAAGUACCCAAAUAAAGGUCAUGCGGAUGAAAUUGAACUAAUUUUCCUUCGAAGAGUCAGAAAAUUUACUAACUGUCACCAAUCCUCAGAUGGCUUGACAUUCAUUACAGAAGACUGAAGAAAAGUAUGGCUUUGACGACUAUACAAUUUGGACAGUGUGGCAACCAGGUCGGCCAUGAGUUGUUUUCUACUUUAGCAAAAGAUAUUUUUAAUCCCAAGCCUGGGGUUUCUUCUUAUGACAAUGAAAUUUAUGUUGAAAAAACAGUUACUCAGUGGUUUGAGCAAGACUUUAAUAUGGACAAACUUGUUGCACGAUCAGUUCUAGUUGAUACAGAGAAUAAGGUUGUGCAGGACUUACUAAAAAAACAAUCAUCCAACUGUCAUUGGGGAUAUAAUCCAAAAACAUGUGCCCUUCAAAGUGGAGGUGCCGGUAAUAAUUGGGCUAUGGGUUACCAGAAAAAAGGUCCAGAGCUAUUGGAAAGUGUCACUGAAGCCCUUCGAAUUCAGAACGAGAAGGCUGAUCGAUUAGCAGGCAUACUGAGUAUUAUGAGUUCUGCCGGUGGGACUGGUUCUGGUGUAGGUAGCUUUAUCAUGGAAAAUAUGCACGAUGAAUUUUCAAAGAAAGUAUUUUUCAAUGCUCUUGUGUUACCUUUUGAAGAAGGAGAAGUAGUGACUCAAUCAUAUAAUACAUUACUGACAUUAGCUAAAAUAUGGAACGUCUCUGAUGGAACUUUAUUAUUGCAAAAUGAUCAUUUGCAUAGUAUGUUAGUAAAUUUACUACAUUGUAAGUCAGUUGGUAUAGGCGAUCUUAACUCUAUAAUUGGCCUCAAGAUGGCUGGUAGUCUCCAACCUCUUCAAACCACCUCUUUCUCCAGCAGUAUGAGCACCACUGACAUUAUAUCUCACAUCGCACCUCAUCCAUCGUUUAAAUACUUUAGUGUUAAAUCCUCCCCUCACACACCAAGGGAGGUGAAGAAAUUUGAAGGAGGGUAUCAAUGGAAUAUUCUAUCAAAGCAUAUGAGGCAAAUGCUCCGAAUAAACUCCCUGAAUCCUGGCUCGGUAACUAUUGACUGGGAGCUUCGACCACCGUCAACUGCUCAGUCAGUGCAUUCUCUGCACCAGUUUUCAUGUAGUAUAGCUAAUCUUCUCAUAACAAGGGGGGUAGGAUUUGCUUCUACCCAAUGCACACCUGGUAAAGACUUCCGAGAGAAACCAUUACACCCAUGUUGGGUGCCAGAAGAGGGAGCAUUUCUCCAUUGCCAUCAAAAUCGAAGAUUCAAUGACCAAGAUAAAUUUGCAUUUCUUCUCACAAACAACAGUCAGUUGUAUACACCUCUCAACACUGUUGUGGAAAAGGCCUGGAAAAUGUUCACACACAAGGCCUAUAUGCAUCAGUACACACGAUUUGGUGUUCUGGAAGAAGAAUUCGUAGAUGCUUUUGUUAAAAUAGAAUCGGUGAUCAAGGCUUAUAAGGAGCUUAAUGGAAGUGAAGUUACCUGUAUCUAACUUUUUUUUUAAACUCAGAAUAUCUUGAAUUGCCUCAAUUUUAAAAUGAUAAAUGUAUUCAUUUUUGUUGUUUUAUUAUUUUGUGAUUAAGUGUUGAUGUUUUUGAAAAUAAAAGCUCACAAUGAUUUCA